AUGGCUUUCCCCAACUCCCUCCUUACCCAUUCAACGUGGCGCCUCAUCGGUCUGGGCCUCACAAGCACCGUCUUCUCCCUGGGAGCCUUGUCCAUAGUCGCACCGUCCGUUGCUGCAGAUACUCUCGGGGUCACGCCUUCUACAUCAGAAGGCCGCAGCAUAACUGAAAAAGCAAUGGUAUUCCUUGGUAUACGUGACUUGGCCGUUGGAACAGCGCUGUAUUGGUUCUACCGUGAACGGAAGGAGAAGGAGAUGGGAGUUUUGUUGACGGCGUGGACCGCCGUGUGUGUGGUGGAUACAUGGGUUACGACACAGGGGCCGAGAGGAUGGGAUAAGGGGGUUUGGGCAUUGUGUGGAGGGGCGGCGGUGGUUGCGGUUGGAGGGCUGGGGCUGUUGCAGUCGUGA